GCGGACCUCGGCGGGUCCCGCUGUCCCAGCCCUACAUGGAGUCUGGCCCACACACGCCUGGCCACGGGGGCGACCGCAUAAAAGGCGCGCCCAAGAGGGCCUAGAAGCGGCUGUCGACUUCGGCUGGACGAGGAUGGAGUGACUUGUGCGGCCCUGGCCACUCAGACCAAGCUCGACGCUCCUGGUCCGCUCUUGGAGCGGAACGGAGCCCUGCACGGCCGCUCCAGGAAAGGGCACGCAGCGCGGGAAGCCGCCAUGGACCGCGACGGCCCCGCAGGCAGCCCCCUGAUCGCUAGCAACGAAACCGCGACCCCUGUUGCCGCCACCCGCGACUCGAGCCCGGGCAGGGCCGGGCCAGGACCCGCGGGCCCGGGCGGCGGCGGGCGCCCGGGGGGCGGGAGGCCGGCUGCAGCGAACGCUGCGCGGGAGCGAAGCCGCGUGCAGACUCUGCGGCACGCCUUCCUGGAGCUGCAGCGCACGCUGCCGUCGGUGCCGCCGGACACCAAGCUGUCCAAGCUGGACGUGCUGCUGCUGGCCACCACCUACAUUGCUCACCUCACCCGCAGCCUGCAAGACGACGCCGAGGCGCCGGCGGACGCUGGGCUGGGCGCCCUGCGCGGCGACGGCUACCUACACCCUGUUAAGAAAUGGCCCAUGCGAUCAAGAUUAUACAUUGGUGCUACUGGUCAGUUUCUGAAGCAUUCUGUGUCUGGAGAAAAAGCAAAUCAUGGCAGUACUACAACAGACUCACAGCCUUAGGCUUUUCCCUGAUGGGUGCUGGUAGAAAGUGGCGUGCAUUGUUUUUAAAUAGUAGGAAAUCAGUCUGUAUUUAUUACAUCAGGCAUAACAAACAUCAUUCCUGAAAGUCUGCAUGUGAAUCCAUAGUGGGAAGUUCAGAUUUAUCUGUCUCAUCUAAAUAAAUGUGGAAUGAAGUCAUCAGUCUUGUAUAAAAUACACAGCUUAUCUAUCCGUUGUGAGAGAUAUUCACUACUGUAUAGUGCAAGAAAAACUAUUGGAAAAAAGAAAAGCACCCAAAUCAAAGAAUUGUGUAUAUAUCCAAAGAAUGCACACAUUUUCUGUAGGUAUCUAUUACACCCUGAAAAGCUGAUAUCUAUCAAUAAUCUUGAUAGUUUAAAA